AAUCCAGUCAGUAUCUGUUAACGAUACUUUCUAAAUUAUUAUUUUAGAUAUAAAAAUUUAAAACCAUGAUCUAACAAUCUCCAUUAUGAGUUCAGGGUUUUCCCUGUCCAUAUUUAAACAGGCACCUUUAACAAGUUGGAGAUGGAAGUCAAGUUCUUUUUGUGCUGUCAAAUUAUUGCAACAACAUGAAGUAACAAGACAACACUCUUCUGGUCCAAAAGGAAGACAUGCUGCUGUGCCAUUGAUGGGUUUAGGAAAAGCUGUUUCUCGUAAGCAGAAUUACGCUGUUAAAAAACCAAGAUCGAAAAUCAAAUCCCUGUCACGUGCUGACCUGAUCGAUCCUGACACAACGGAUUGGACAAAUGUGUAUGAUGCGGCAAGGUCUUAUAACCCUUCUGUUAUUCCGCUACCCAUUAGGAUGGGCAGACCAAGAGCUAACAAGCUUGGUGACGUACCUCCCAAUGAUAGCGGCAACGUGGAAUUGCUAAAAAUUCCAAACUUCUUCCAUCUCACUCCUCCUGCUAUCAAAAAGCAUUGCGAAGUCCUUAGAGAGUAUUGCACACCAUGGCCAGACAACCUUCCUUCUCGACCAAUACGUAUUACUACCAUAAACUAUGUAUACUCCGGGCCAUCGAUACGCCACCCGGAGUCAAGAAAAGUGAAAUUGCAGGUGUAUCUCAAGGAUCUUGAUCUUGAUGCUCAUGCUCGUCGAAAAUUAAUUUUGCUGGUUAAUGAUCGUUACAAUAAACACAACGACGAACUUACCAUCAUAGCUGACAGGUGCCCAACUAGGAAACAAAAUAAAGAUUAUGCAUAUUAUCUUCUUACCGCAUUGUACCACGAGUCUUGGAAAACCGAGUCAUGGGAAGAAGAAGCAGGUGAUAAGACAGACGAACAACUAGCAGGCGAGAUUGCUCAGGUACAAGUUGAACUCGAUCCGAGAGCAGUGGCCGAGAAAAAGCGACAUCGACGCCACUAUGGUAUAAUUAACGAUAAAUUAGUUCGAUUUAACAAAGUUGGAUAUCCGUUUGUGUAUGAAAUGAGAAAGUAUGGACUAGCUGGUGGACUCGAUUCAGAAGAAAUAAAGCAAGCAAAAGAGAAGUGGGCAAAUUUACAAAAAGACCAGGAAGAUCAGUCGACUUUUGAUCCUUUGUAUCAAAGAAGCUCUGAAUCUGAAUUUAAGAAUUAACUUUUAUAUAUUUAUAUAUUUUCCUGAAAUAAAAAUUACCUCCAAA